AUGUCAGGCAACGUCACCCGCGCGCACCACGGCGCGUUCGCCUCAGCGCCUAGAGCCGCCCGUAUUGCCGCCGCCAAAGGCGCCGACUUGUGGCGCGACGAGUCCAUCUGUCCGAUCCCGUCGCUCAAUUGGAAGGACGCCGCGGCGGGGCGCUCCGCCACUAGUACGGCGGCGGCGGCGGCGGCGGCAGGGGCCUCGGCGGUGGACGGCGACGGCGGAGCAGCGCUGGUGAUGUCCGAGGUGUGUCCCAUCCCCCCCGUGCUCUGGCGAGUGCCGCCGCGCGCGCAUGAAUUGCUUGGCCGCGGGCCGCCGAACGCCAGGGCCGCCUCGCCGCCCGCCCGCAUCGCUCACGUCGCCGUGUCGCGCGGCGGCGGCGGCAGAAGCCGUCGCAUCGUGCCCCGAAGCUGUAGCCUCGACGACGGUCCCGUAGACGGCGGCGGCGGCGGCGCGGGCGCGACACCGUUACUGAAGCCCAACUGGCCGUUGGGACGGUCGAGCAGUGUCGACGACGUUAUCCCCCCUUCCGACGCGCAUGACUCGGCGAGCCCAAUCUUCCUCGCAAGCGGCGGCGGCACCAGUAGCGGCGGCGGCGGCGGCGGCGGCGGCGGCGGCUGCGCGUUCGCGAGCAGCGGCAGCAGGGGCCACAGGCGGCGGCACUCCGCCGUGCCCGACCUGGGCCGCAACAGCGCCACCUGCGGCAUCAGCAGCGACAGCGGCGGGCUCGCAGCAGGCAGUACUGCGGGUACUAGUAUCGCCGCGGGCGAUGCCAGUAUUGCUGCUGCUGCAGCCGCCAUCGCCAGCAGUACGAGUGGAGCGGUCGCUGCAGGCUCGGCGGCGCUGGCGGGGCAUCCGCGGUGGAACCCGCUGCAUCGAGGAGGCAGCAUGGGGGUUGGCGGCCACACGGCACGAGACCACUCCCCCGCGCGUCGCAGUCGCCUUAUCCGCAUGCGACAAGCAGCGGGGCACGGCCGGCGCAGCAGCUGGGACGGCACGUGCUCGCCCGACCCCACCAGCACCGCCACCAGCAACGAGGGGCAGCGGCGCGGGGCAGUAGCAGCGGCCAGUAGCUCCUGUGAGUGCACAGCCAUGUUCCUGUGCUCGCACUGCUACUUCUCACUGCUACCUCUCUGCUGUUUAUGCCACCUGCUAUCCGAAUCUCAAUCGUCUCUCAUCCUGCACCCCACCUCCCAUCUGUGCCUCCCCAUCUGUGCCUCCCCAUCUGUGCCUCCCCAUCUGUGCCUCUCCGUGCUGCCUCCACGAUGUGUGCCUUCCCUUUGCGAUAUGCGUGCAUCAGGCGUGGAGCAGCUGUGUGAGAGCAUGCAGGCAGCAGGCAUCGCCAUCGACAGCAUCGACAUCAUCGCACUGCCCCUCGGCCCCUCCAUCCACUCCUCCACCCACUCCCAUGCCCGCGCUGCUGCCACCCUCCCACCGCCACCCACCGCAGUGCCAACCCCAGACUCCGUGCAUGCAGCAGCAGGAAAGCCACCAACGCCAGCUGCAGCUCUCGCCGCCGUGUGUGAGCCUGCUGCUGGGGUGCUAAAGCCUUGCUCCCUGCACCCUGUACGCACUGCUGCGUGUACCGGCCCUGCCUCCCACCCGCCUGCAGCAGCAGCGGGAGCAGCGGCGGUGGGAGGAGUGGCAGGAGCAGGAGCGGGUGGGUACGGGGUGUCGCUGGCAGUACGGUUCUGCGGCAUGUCCACAUGGUACCACCCAGGGGACAACACCACCACACCCGCAUUCCAGCACUGA